AUGACAUCGCCAACUACCAUGUCCCCCGACGCCUCUACACCAAUUCUCAACCUUCCGGGCAACAGCGAGAAUUCGCUAUCUACAGACAGAAAUGACCCCCCACGCAGAAGAUCGGCGCAGUCUAGUGGUUCGGACAGCCAGCCUGUUCUGGAAAGCACAAUCGUGAGCAGUGGUAGACAGACGCCGGUAUUGGAUGGUCGACCCCCAAGAAGAAUAUCAUCCCCUCCACCACCCAGUACAUACCAGCGAGGCGUUUCCUUCGAUACCUUCGAUACUCGGGAUGUCACCGACGGUUCCUUUACCUUGAAAUACAAACACAAAAACUACCAAGCCACACGACGAAGUCGCACAUUUCUUUGUGGAACCGAUCAGAACGAUUAUUCAGAGUUUGCCCUCGAAUGGUUGAUUGAUGAACUAGUUGAUGACGGUGAUGAGGUCAUAUGUCUAUGGGUGGUGGAAAAGGAUUCUAAGAUCGCUAGCGAUGCGAGCGUUGAUGAAGGUAGAUAUCGCAAAGAAGCUGAGAAGCUUCUCAAUCAGGUUAUUGCGAAGAAUCAGCAUGACGAGAAGGCGAUCAGUUUGGUGUUGGAACUUGCGGUAGGAAAGGUGCAGGAUAUUAUCCAGAGAAUGAUCCGUAUUUAUGAACCGGCUGUCCUGAUUGUCGGAACACGAGGACGCAGUCUCAGCGGCAUGCAAGGCUUGCUGCCUGGUUCGGUAUCAAAAUACUGUCUACAACAAUCACCCAUUCCCGUCGUCGUGGUGCGCCCAUCUACCAAGCGUGAGAAGAAAAAGAAGAAGCGUCUCGCCGAUCCGACCCGUCGCAGCUACGGCAAUAUUCUACAAAUCAGUGAACAACAAGGCAGCGGCUUAUUCAACAAGCAGGUGAGCUCCGACACCAACGUGGCAAAAUUACCUGCCGACGAAGCUGCAGCUGUUGCAGAAGCUGUCGGGCUCCCUCGACACUUUCAACAUGCACACACGGGCAGCGACUCCAAACUGUCCACCACUAGUUCAAAUGAAGAUGAUAACGGCAAGGACGUCCUACGUUCAGACACGCCUCAACUUUCCCCGGACAUUGAAGAUGACAAUGGCGAGCGGGUCCUCAAGAGCCCUGGACUCGGCAACCUGGAUUCGCCACCGGAUAGCGAGGACGAGAGUGAAUCAGAAACGACACGUGGUCGCGACCCCGGUGUAUCUGACACAGACGACACGAUGCCGCCAAACAUAUCGCCUACAGAGAUAGAGGAGGAUCUUGAUCGCAUAAAUAGCAAACUACAAUUAGCAGACGCUUCCUGA